AUGGAGGUCCUGGACGAGUUCGACCGCGAGUUCCCGCAGAGCGUGACCUUCUGCCAGCUCAUCUCCGAGGAGGACUUCGAGAGGCAGGCGGCCACCUACACGGAGCGCGCGCUGCGCCGCCUCUUCCGGAGCCUGGACCGCAACCCCGCGCUGGCCGAGAGGGUGGUGCGCAAGGGCAAGCAGACCGAGUGCGAGCGACGCGGGCUCCUCUCCUUCCUCUGGGCCAAGUUCAGCUCUGCUGUCCAGGGGGAGCUGAACCAGUGCAACAGCAUGGGCGCCCUAGAGAUGCACCAGCGCCUGGAGCAGCUGAAGAGGAGCAUCCACCGCGUGCACCUCUACUCCCGGGAUGCCAAGAAGAAGAAAAAGAAACUCAAACCGAAGAAACCAGAGCGCAUCCUCUCUCGGGACAGGUCAACCUCCCCAUGCCAGCCACCCCACCUGCUGCCGCCACUGCUGCCGCCUGCCACCAACAUGGCGUCUGUAGUGGCCUCAUCACCCCCCGUCUACACCAUGCCUAGGGUCUUCGGCCCCUUCCCACCACUGCCCAGCAAGUCGGUGGAGAAAUUGGACAUCUCGAGGUCUGAUGUGAGAUUGAACUGGAGCAGCCUGUCGCCAAACCCAAAGAGCCACAUGGUCGAUUUGACGCCCCUGGUCCUCAACCCCGGCGGCUUCCAUUUCUCCUACUUGGGCGGAAAUAGCGUACACAAGCUCCACUGUCCGGGCUUUCCCUGGGCCCCGGCCUGCAGCAGCUCCCCCAGCAGCGAGGAGACGCCGUCCGCCGCUGUGAAGGCCUCCAUCUUCACCCCGCCCGUCCUGCUCAAGUUCCAGCCCGUGUCCAGAUCCAAAGACGACUCAGAGCAGGACCCUGGCAGCGCAGAGCCCGCGCCCCACAAGCAGAGCCCGUGACCUCUCCCCGCCGCAGCACAGUGAUCCCGGUGGAGGCCUGAAUAAACUUCCUGUGGAGAUGCCUCGCUGGUGCUGGGCGCCCCUGAGGGUCGCGCAAUCGCACUGGCUCCGUGAAGCCCCCAAGAGGCAGGCAGGGUGGUGCAGUCUCAAUGCACUCACUUGCUCUGUAACCUGGUAACUGAGGCAUCAGUGUGUGUGUG